UAAUGAGGCCACCUCCUUGACUCGCUUGUGUUUUUAACCAAGUAAACAUCGUGGCUUCAAAGAGCUGUACAACUUUGCUGUUUUGAAAUACCCCUCCACGUUAUUUCAACAUGAAGAUUACUGACAGUGAUGUGAUUCGCUUUCACCUUCAAGUCAUCCACGGUAUAAACGUCAAAAGUGUUGAGAGCAAAACCGAGAGACUCUUUGCGAGUGGUGCGAAGGUUUUCGGUGUUCCUCUGGAGAAUUUGUCGAGGAGGUUUAUUCCUGAAUUUGGCCUGGUUCCUGGCUUUCUGGUGGACGCUUGUUCGUUUCUUCUGGAGCGCGCUGGAACGGUGGGCCUCUUCCGAAAACCGGGCUCUCUACCUCGCAUUAAGUCCCUCAGAGCCAAGCUGAAUCGAGGAGAGGCCUGUCUGUCCACAGCCUUCGCCUACGAUGUGGCCACUCUCAUCAAGCAGUUCUGCAGGGAGCUACCGGAGCCUCUAAUACCUGCAGAGAUCCCUGCUGCUUUGCUGAAGGCGCAGACGCUGGACUCCCUGCAGGACAGAAUUUCAGCCCUCCAGCUGCUGUCCUGCUUACUGCCUGCCAGAAACUCCUCCUGUCUGCAUUAUCUGUUGGACUUCUUGUCCAAAGUGACCCAGAGAUGUGAGGAAAACUUGAUGACCAGCUCCAAUCUGGCAACAGUCUUUGCUCCCUGUCUCCUACCACCUCCCAAUAAGCAGGAGAUGUCUGAAGGACGCUUUGAACUCCGAAUUCUAGUCCUGCGCACCUUCAUUGAAAAGCCACAAAUGUUCGGUGUGAUUCCAAAAGCUGUCAUGGAUAGUAUGGGAUUCCUUAUUAACUGCCCUCUUCUGAAGGAUGCACAUUCCAAGAAACACAGUUUGAAAGUCUUGUGGUCUGUGAAGACUGUACCCUGGAUUCAAGGGAAGACAAAGGUCAGGCCAGCAGUCCAUCAGCGGAGGCGGGAGUCCAACCUGCCACGAAGGCCGACUCUCAGGAGGAGCGUCGGCCUGGAGGUUUUUCCCAAUAUUGCCUUUUUUAGGGCCUGCAUGUCUUGUGAAGAUUCAUCACCCGCAGCUGCCAUCUUGGAUGCCUUAAGUCCUUCCAGCAAACAGCCUUCACCUAAUAGGAUAAAAAGGGACAUGCGUCUUAGCCUUUUCCCUGGGCUGGGCCAAGGGCAAACGGCAUCUUCGUCUGUGUUCAGUGCUGUGGGCAAGUUGCAAGCAGCAUCUUGGAGUAAACGGAUUUCUUUAUGACACAUACCUGAUGCUCACAUGGCAUUUUUAAGAACUCACUGAUACAUUUUUAAUUUAAAUUAUUGCUUUAGAAAUGUAUAUUGUACUGUGUAUGACUGCAAGUCAAGUUUUCUUCAGGGUUUACCUGCUCACUAUCUAAAAUUAAGGGUACCCGGACUGUAUGAAUUGUAUUUGCCACUGUGACAUAACAGUCAUCAAUAAAACGAUGCAAUUUGGAACCA